CUUUUCCCUCUGCCUGCGUCCUCCUCUGAAGCUGCUGUCGCUAACCGCCCGCGUCUUGCAAGGAAACAUCCCUACAGGAGGGCCUCUUUCAUGACACGCUCCCGCCUUGACGGUUCCCCCAUGGUGCCCGGAGGACGGAGCUCCUCGAGUAGACUAGUUGUCGUCGUCUCCCAGUCGUCGCUGCCCUGAAAGACGGGCACGUCUCGCUCAGUGGUGGCGGUGGAUCGCCGAGCCGCGGUCGCAGCUCGGGCCCAACGGGCGACCUCCUCGGUGACAGCGUGCCUUCGUCGUCCGGAGUGCCGUCGCAGGGAGAUGCCGGUGGCGGCAGCGUGGGGUUGCCGCCGGCGGUGCCGGUAGCGCGGGACCGGGUAUGUGCCGCCGUCCUCGCGUCGCCGUCGGCGGUAGUCGAACCUCGAACCUCGUCAGCCCGGAGGAGUCGCCCGGCUGCGCGCUCGCGUGCGAACUCUGUGCGGCGAUGCGCUGAGCGGCGGACCAUGCGCCGCUUUCCGGGGAGGCUGUUGCUCAGCGGCGCAGUUCUAGUCUGCCUCCUCGGCUCGUGCCCCGUCUGCUCCGGCGUGGUGCUAAGUGAGCACAUUCGGCAUUUCGAGCCCUUGUUUUUCAACCAUCACUCAUUCCGGGACCAGCAUCACCGUAGCAAAAGGUCACCCAAGCUGGACAUCCGCCUGGAGUUCGCCGCGCACAAUCGGCUGUUCAGGCUACGGAUGAAGCGAGACACUAGCGUGUUCAGCCCCGACGUCACGUUCGAGUCGUCCAGCCGAGGGCCCAUCUCAUACGACACCUCGAACGUCCUCAAAGGUUACAUCGAAGAGGACGAAGAGUCGUCGGUCGAGGGCCUUAUCACGAGCGAGGGACUCUUCGACGGCGUCAUCUCGGUGCGGAGCGGCGAAGAGUUCUUCAUCGAGCCGGCGAGCCGCUAUUUCGAAGCGCCGGCGGACUUCCACUCCGUCAUGUACAAGGGCUCGGACGUCCACUUCCCCGAGAACCAGACGUACUGCCACACGCACAAGCACCCCCCGUGCGAAGGCAGCCCGACGCCGAGCGACGUCAUGGGAAGGGCGCCGUGGGCCACCAGCUUCCUCAAGGAAGUGAGAGAGAGCGGAGCGCGCCGGAGGAGGAGGAGACGGCGGCGUAGCGAAGGCGGAGAGGUUCGAGCGGAUCAGUCGCCCCUGAUGUGGCGAGACGGCGACGCGGCGCACUACAGCCAGAAGGACCUGGAGCUCCCGGAGCCAGACUCCGCGGCGCUGGGUAUCCGGUCGGUGCAGCGCACUCAGUGGGCCGCGGGCAGCGAUCAGCCCGCGAAGAACGUCGUCAUCGACCCAAAGAAGACCACCUGCAUGCUGUACCUGCAGGCCGACCACCUGUUCUACCAGAGAAUGGGCUCCGAGGAGGCCUGCAUCGAGACCAUGACGCGGCACGUACAGAAGGUCAACUCCAUCUACAGGACCACAGACUUCGAUCAGGACGGCCGCUCGGACAACAUCUCGUUCCUGAUCAAGCGCAUCAAGGUGCACACGAUGGAGGCACUGCGAGACCACGAGUAUCGGUUUCCGGGAAACUACGGCGUCGAGAAAUUCCUGGAGCUCUUCUCGGAGGAGGACUACGACGCCUUCUGCCUGGCCUACAUGUUCACCUACAGGGACUUCGAGGGCGGGACGCUGGGUCUCGCCUGGACGGGAGACCUCAAGAACGCCGGAGGCGUCUGCGAGAAGAACGGGCACUACCGGGGCAGCCUCAAGAGCCUGAACACAGGCAUCGUGACGCUGCUCAACUACGGCAAGCACGUGCCCCCGAUUGUGUCCCACGUGACGCUGGCGCACGAGAUUGGACACAACUUCGGCUCACCGCACGACCCGAAAGACGACAGCAUGUGCACCCCUGGAGGAGAGAAUGGCAACUACAUCAUGUUCGCGCACGCCACGUCCGGCGACAAGAGGAACAACAACCGUUUUUCACCCUGCAGCCUGAAAGGCAUCAACGCAGUGCUCAACUCGAAAGCGAGAAACACGAAGGGAUGCUUUUCAGAGCCCCAAGACUCGAUCUGCGGCAACGAGGUGGUCGAGGCCGGCGAGGAGUGCGACUGCGGCUGGGAGGACGACUGCCUCGAGCCCUGCUGCUUUCCGAUGCGAUCCAACCCGCCGCGAGACGAACCGCCCUGUAAGCUCAGGCCUAACGUCGUGUGCAGCCCGAGUCAAGGUCCGUGCUGCACUCAGGAUUGCGUUCUAAAGAUCGGGGACAAGUGCCGGGAUGACAAUGGAUGCCGGAGUGCCAGCUAUUGCGAUGGUGAAGGACCACAAUGCCCGUCUUCGACAAGCAAACCUAACAAGACCAUCUGUAACGAGGAGUUUGUCUGCUACAUGGGGGAGUGCACGGGCUCCAUCUGCAUCGCGUACGGCCUGCAGUCGUGCCAGUGCAAGCGCAGGCCGCGCGACCCCGUGACCAAGGCCUGCGAGUUGUGCUGCCGCCUGCCCGGGGAUGACUCUACCUGCAAGUCUUCUUUCGAGUGGAACCACCCGCCCUACGAUGUUCCGAACCUGUUCGCAAAGCCAGGCACGCCGUGCGACAAUUACAACGGAUACUGUGAUGUAUUCCAAAAGUGCCGCGAGGUGGAUCCUUCGGGGCCCCUCGCCACCCUGCGCAAGCUCCUGCUGUCCACGGAAACCAUAGUUUCUCUCAGGCGCUGGGUCUCCGAUAACUGGUGGGGAGUCCUCCUUUUGGGCCUCUCCGUGCUCGUCUUUCUGUGCGUAGUGGUCAAGUUCUUCGGGCGCAAGACGGACCCGGUGAAGAGCGUGGCGGGCAGUGACUCGGGCACCAGUCCCGUACCCGUCACCUGCAACCCCGUGGUGCAGCCCGUGGUGGCCGCCAGCGCCGGCGGAGUGUUGGGUGGCGGCCCGUAUCGCUUGAGCGUGAACCAGGCCGCGGCCAAGGCGGUCAUGGCCUCGAACAUGCCGGGCAUCGUGUCGACGGCGCUGGGGGCCCACUCGGCCCCCGCGACGGCCACCACGAGCAACUUCGUGAAGACGACGCUGUCGCUGCACCCUCACCCCGCCGCCCGCUCCUACCUUAGCCAUGCCGGCAACGGCUGGGUCUGACCAUCGAGCCGCCUCAGCGUAAGGGGCACCGCGACCAGCAGCUACAGGCACCACCACCCCUGCUGCGACCCCGCCUGCUACACGGUGUACGGACUGCCGCAGGCCACACUUCGCAGGCCGGUCACAGCCGUGGCCGCCGCGACCACCGCGGUGCCGGCCGCGUGUCUGACGGCGACCGCAAACGCCCCGGCUAGUGACAGUGCCGCCGCAGCUCCCGCCGUGGUGCCUUUAUUUCAGGAGCCCUACGCGUACGGGUCGGACGCUUACUGGUGAAGCCGGCGUCUGCUGGGAGAAAAGAUCGCCACUCCUCGGGGAUCAUUUGCACUAGCCUUUGAAGAAGAGUGCUCGAUUUGAGCCGGGUUGGUACAUACUUGGGCGAAGAAACCAUGCUUUGGAACCGCGCAGAAAGACCUGACAGACAUGAUCGUUGACUAUAACGUGUGUCACAGUCAACUUUAGUCAAGCUGUUCAACAAAAAGAAGAUUAAAAUACACGGUGCAAGGUACAAUUACAAAACCUACCGUGUUCGGUCGUCACAGGCCUGACCACCAAACACUUAAGUCCUAAAAUCCUAAAAUGCAGUGCGACUUUCCAAAUAGUUUUUUUUUUCAUUGGACAGCUUGGCUAACGUUAACUGGGACGCCCUAUAUAGCAUUAGUUAUGUUAGUUCGAAGUUAAAUGCCGCAUAUAAGCGGGCGCCAUAAUAUAUGCAAGAGAGCAGAACACAUGCCCGGAGGGCUUGAGGAUGCCCGCAUAUAUCUAUCUUUGCGCAUUCAAUAAUCAUUACAGUUGUUAGUCGGCGCUCGUGGGUGUCGCCCCCUCCUGCCCUGUUCUACAGCAUUCUUUCUUUGCUUCUUAUUCUACAUUAUCGAUAGUACCCGUCUGCGCAAGUGGCGGAACUGCCAUCUAAAUCGUCGCAGCUGCUUGGCACACAGUCGUUGCAAUGAUACAUCGAGGCAAUUUAGUGAAUCCUCAACAAAGCCGGAUACUGCGGAUAAUGUUAACUGGUUUUGUCAGUGCGACAUUGGACGACGACAAAAGCAGCGAGCUUGUCUCCUGACUUCUGUUCUCACCUUAUGUAUAGUUCGCGAGACCGCUGAAGCAACGUGGCUGGCGCGCCCACCAACCUACAACGGAGAAAAACCACACGCGACCUGUAUGAAGGCACGUCUUCUGAGUCACAGCUAUUCCACAUAAGUCGCUACACACAGAGGUUUCACUCUACUAACCACCAGAAUGAAAAUUUUUUAGUAGAAGCAGUUUAAAGGACCACUGAAAUGCCCAGUGCACACCGACGUUCCCGCGAUUCUCGCUAUUUUACAUUCACUGGUGCGAUUGUUCCGGUAGGGAGCGUGUCUAGAAUUUGGGUGCCUUAUAGUCCACGUGGCCUCGACCUUCAAGCUAACCAAAGCAAUCAUUUCUCCAGUAGUUCUGAAGCUUCCUUCUUAAGACGCCGCUCCGAGACACAAAAGUACAUUAUCACUUGAUCCUACCCAUUUCUCGUUUACCUGGAUGAGGUCAUACUGUAUUGAGCUCUUGCAUGGACAGUUACGCCCUGAUACUUUAUCUGUUCUGUGGCUGGCUUCUUCUACUCAUGGCUACACAGUUUGCAGAAAAGGUGAAAAACCGAACUGUCAUUGUAAUUGUUUCUAAAGGAUUGGAUGGCUAGAGUAAAAGGUGACCUCAAGGAGAAUGCUCGGUAGCAAGGAAAGGACAAGUGGUACAAGCGACCCACCGCCUAUGGCACGGUAAUUGUCACUUUGUGAUGCAGACUUUUUCUUAAAGUAUCAUUGGCAGAACUACUUAAAAAUCGAGAAUUAUGUGCAGUUGAUAGUUAACAUCCAUUAUAGUCCCCCUUCCCCUAACCCCCUAUAAAAAGAGAAGGUAUCCAUGGCUCUGUUUAGAAGGCCGGCAAUCUUCAAGCUUAACACUGUUUUCAAGCGUGCUGAUUUCUCAGCCUGAUUCGUAGUCGUGCUAGCUUUGGAACUGGUGGAUAGUCGUUACUGUGCCCUCUGACAUCAGGCACUUGCAGUUUAUUUUGUCGCCAAAUCGUAUUCGCUAAUUAAGUGGAGCACGAUUACACUAUCACCUACAAUAUUAAUAAACCUCGACGUAUGGUGAACUUGUCUUCGCCAGAGGAAACAAUUUUCAUCUGCUUGGGAAUGUCAGUCUAUAUUCGGUGAAAAGCAGUGAAGAAGUCUUUGUGAGAGAAUGGCUGCCAGGUAGCUGCGACUAUAGACAGUGUCCUUUGCUGAUGCGACGUUGCCCGGAACGGUUUCGUGCAAUGAACCCGAGGAGCUUGUACUGUCUCCUAGCAGACGGGGUGGCUCAAUCACCAGAAGCAGCUUGGCUUUGGGCAGCGUGCUGGUCAAUGGCUUUUACCCGUCGGCUGAACUCUUUUGCAGGGCUGUGCGUGGUCGAAGUCAUUUGUCGAAUCGCCGGUCAUCUGUUCCUGACAUGGUCGUGGUGCUGCAACACAAGAACGUAGUGUCGCUUAUCUUCUUGGCUGGAUCGUGUGUGAUAGGCCGCUUGUAUAACGAUGCCCAUCUGCAUGUUCAAUAAGAAAGCCGCCCCUUGCGUUGAGGACGGCUCUGAAAAAAAAAAAAAAAGAAUGAAUAUGUCCCGCGGGAAACGUGCAACAUGAUGGACGCUCAACACUGUGUGGUACGCGAGCGAGUGAACUGUUUGUGAACAUAGCUAUUUUCCCCUUUUUCAAGGCCACAUGAACUCUCAGAGCGGAACUGUCUCGUCUUACACUGACAUGUUUUAAUGGAUGCGUGAAGAAGCUGAAGACCGCCCUGUUUGUAAGGAUUGUAUCAGCACGUGCACUCGGUGGCAGACGUGGUCAGGAUCGUCCGAAUCAAACGAGUUCAGCAGCACGCAAAGCGCGUAAGCAUCAAUCUCUAUGGUGAAAGUGAGAUGCAGCAGCCGAAAGAAUACGCGCCGAUGCUAAUUAUUCUAGCACUUGUCGUGUAUUAUUGAUCACUGUGAGAAUUACCGUGAGCAUAAAAGAACUAACCGCCCAAACGGCGGCAAGUGCAGCCCCAUAACUUUAAAAGUAGAAAGAAGUGAAGGACGGUAGUAAAAUUGAUAUGAAGGAGCAUAACAAUGACGUAAGUUGCCUAAAGUGAAUGACCCGCCGCUGUAGCACAGAGGCUAUGGCGUUGCGCUGCUGAGAUCGAGGUUGCGGCUUCGAUUCCGGCCGUGGCGACCGCAGCUCGAUGGAGGUGAAAUGCACAAACGCUAGCGCACUUAAAUUGGGGUGCACUUUAAGGAACCCCAGGUUAUCAAAUUAAAUUCAGAGUCCCUCACUACGGCGUUCCUCAUAAUCAAAUCGUUAAGAGAAGCCGGAAAUUCAAGUUUUGCAGUAAAUGACCCCCCCCCCCUCUUAAAAAAAAAAAGGUACGAAACGAAACAUGAGUCGUCAUAAUUAUAAUUAGGUUGUCAUUCGGCGCCCUGCAACGAGGCCUGAUACUUGGUUCAGGUGACCACGACUACGUGCGCUGCCGAGUGCACACGUAAAUGCCAUUACAGUGCUCCUCUCAGUCAUUGCCGCUGAAGAACAAAAAUGUUUGUGUGCAUGCGUUUUCAAAACGCAGUGUCUAUCGCUUGAUCCCCAUGUUUCACCCGUGUUAAAAAAAAAGAACAAGAAAAUCCUAAAACCGAACUUCGAUUCCGUCUCCGGUUGACGGAACAUUUCUUUGCGAACAAAACAAGAAAUAUGCGGUCCAUGUAAAAGCACGAAUCUAAGCCUUUCCCGCUGCCUGGACAUUCGCCACAGAGCUUACGUGCACUGUCAACUGCCAACCGCAGCUCAUUCUCGUGAAUGUGAAGUCUGUACGCACAACUACGGACAUGCGAUAAACGAAACUAUUGCUUGUUACACCAUCUUCAACUCGAGGAGUUGUUUCUCUGAAGCUGGCCACGAACUGCAGUUCCACACUUUUCUUCGUGCUCACUUAUGUGUCGUGUUCGUU